AUGUCUGGAAAUCUAGCAUCAAGAAUACCAACUUCAAGGCGAGGAAAGGCGAAGCCAUUGAUGGACCUACAUCAAGCUGGAAAUCGUGUGCUGUGCUGUCUGCUGGUUCGCCACAAUCCGGCGCUUCGCGGUUAAGCAUAGUCCAGCUCUCCUUAGCAAUACAUCCCGCUUGUUUCUGGACUCUGCACCAUAAGCAUUACUCUUACAAGACAGUUCGGCAACUUUAUCUAAAAAUCCCUAGGCUUGAGCAAUGCUGCUACCUCAGUAAAUAAGCAUUCAGUGAAGGAUUUAAUAAUAAAGCCUUCUAGAGAAGCCGCGGAGCUUAAAAGUUUUCAACGAUGUGGUCCGUGACAGGUCUCCGCAGCAGCACGAGCAGCACUCCCGGCCUCAGCGAUGAUCCCGAGGUUCCCACAUCAUCAGCAGCACCCGCGGAAACCAAAUCCGGGUGGUUCUCCCGUCCUCGCGGCAGCUCCAGCGCUUCGCCCGCGCAAGAUUCGACGCGUAUUCGCCAGAGGCGGUCCGGUCGACCGAUGCGAGGGUUUGGCCGGAUGGGAGAUGAUAUGGAGGAGGAAGAGGAAGCGGACGAAGAAGAGAAAGAGGCAGAGGAGGACGAGGCGAUUGUGACAGGAGAUUCGGCUGAAAUGCGUGGGAACGCUGUGUCUAGGUCAGAAGAGGACGCUUUCGCACCAAAUGCAGCGGCAGCAGCACCAGCAGAACCAGCAGCGGAAGCAGCGCCAGUAGACGCAGAACCAGCAGCAGAUGUAAACACGAUGGGAGAUUUUCCACGAGAGUCUGAGUCUGAGGCUGUUUUAGGAUCGCCGGAGGUGAGCGACACUGCCAGACUGCCUGGAAUCAAAGCGAGGAGCAGCGAGGAGGGGAUUGAGAGCCCUGAAGAAGGCAAGAAGGCCAAGAGCGGCAGAUCCAGCGGUAGAUCGAACCUCAUGGGGGGUCUGCUCGGUGUCUUUAAAAGAGACUCGUUCACCAAGUCCCAGAAAGCCUCGUCCGACGGGAAAAUCUUCAAGAGCAAGAGCACGGGUGGGGCUCUGGGAGGGAAGAGCGAGCGAGAGAAGCAAGAGAAGCAAGAGGAGGAUGAGGAGGACGAGGGGGACGAGGAAAAAGAGGGGGAAGAGGAGGGAGAAUUCGUUGAGGGUCAGGAGGAAGCGGUCCUUGCAGGGCGUAGGCGGAGCACGGAUGCGGAGAGACGGAAGACAGAGGUUACUGGUGAGGGUGAAGGGAAGGGACCGGGGAGUGCUGGUAGCGCGUCAGGCGCGUCAGGCUCGGCAUCAGGUUCGGGGCUAGCUUCGGCGGAUGGAGCAGCAGAGGGGAGAGAUGAAUCCGAAGCCGAGUCCCAGCCUGCUCCACGAAAGAGGGAGACACUGUGGGGGUUCAUCAGGAGGUCGUCCAGCGUUGCAGCGCCUAAGUCUGACGCUCACCAGCCAAUCCCCUUCGGCCCUCCUGAAGACUUCGAACCCUCUCAAACCUCUCAUGAUGGUGCUGAUGCUGACCCGCCAACCGCGCAUGGGGUGGCGGGGGCGCCGCCUCAGGAUUUCUCGGGCAGUUCUAGUGCUCAUGCUGCGACACUCGGGCAGGAGGAGCAGACCAGUCUGGGAAGCACCGGAGAUGGAGAAGAGGAGAAGGAUGGUCUACAGAAGCAGAAGCAGGAGGAGGAGGAAGCAGAGAGACACGGAGCAGUUGACGGUGUGAGGGGGAGGGUACCCUUGGGGAAGGCAGCUCACGGAGGGGAGGAUGAUGGGGGGGAUAAUGAGGGGGAUCAUGAGGGGGAUAGGGAAAGGGGGGAGGGGCGUGGAGGGAGAGCAGCAGGGCGUGGAAGUGGAAGUGGGGGAAGAGGGGGAGGGGGACUGCUGGGAGGGGGGAGUGCGAUACUGAGUGUGAGCGCAGUUCCCAGGAAGCUUCUCUCCUUCAUGCCUCGAUCGUCUUAUGCCAAGCUCAAGCUGGGAGCGCACGCUGGCCUUCCACCUAUCAACGCCGCAGCAACAUCGUCCACCUAUGAGCCCACACCCUUACCCACUCCCACUCCUAUCCCCACGCCCAUCUCUACCGCCGACACCCCUGCAAGCACCACAAAGGAAGACCCUUUUCAGACGUCUCAGGAAGCAAGCACUUCAACUGACCGCCCUACCCACACAGCUUGGGGUCUGGACCUGCAACUCCCAACCCCUCGCUACUCCUUCUACUCUCCUGCUGAGCUGCAGUCGCCUGCUGGCGACUUAGCCUCGUAUGCCCCGUUCCGUAACAGCAGCACAGCUACGGGGAGGGUUACAGGUGCUUCUGUGGGUUUGGCAGGUGCAGGGGGGUUUGGAGCUCCUAGGAAGAUUGCUCCUCCUGGGGAAAGCUUUGCUCCUGCUGCUGCCACUGCCACUGCCUCUGCUGCUGCUGCUGCUGCCCCUUCCGCUGACCUGCGCUCUCCUGCUGGCGACUUGGCCGCUUUUGGAGCCUUCAAAAGCCACCUGGAUGCCGCUUCUACAAACCCGUUCCUGAGCGUCAUGGCAGACCCAGCAGCAGCAGUAGCAGGAGGAGGAGGUGGUGGUAUGGAGUCAGCUGCAGCGGCAGCCGCGGCCAGGGGAGCAGCAGCAGCAGUAUGGACAGGAUCAGGGACAGGAGCAGGAAUAGCAGGAGCAGUAGGAGGUUCAGGAGCAGCAGCAGCAGCAGCAGCAGCAGGAGGAGGAGGAGGAGGAGGAGGAGGAGGAGGAGGAGGAGGAGGAGGAGGAGGAGGAGGAGGAGGAGGAGGAGGAGGAGGAGGAGGAGGAGGAGGAGGAGGAGGAGGAGGAGGAGGAGGAGGAGGAGGAGGAGGAGGAGGAGGAGGAGGAGGAGGAGGAGGAGGAGGAGGAGGAGGAGGAGGAGGAGGAGGAGGAGGAGGAGGAGGAGGAGGAGGAGGAGGAGGAGUGGCAGGAGCAGCAGGAGCAGAAGGGAUGUCAGGCGGUGAAGAUUGGGAUGCCAUGCUCCUUGCGUCCUUUGGUCGUUGCCACACCAUCGACGGGUCGUUUAGAGAAGCCAUGCGCGCCAGUGCACAAGAGGAGAGGGCGCAAGACGACCAGGCACAUGACGAUCAUCAGGCACAUAACGAACAGCCAGGAGGGGCGUUUGGGGCCUUUGGGUUGGCUCAGGAGCCAGGGGAAUUUGCAGGUGGCAGGCCCUCAGGUUCAGGUGGGUAUUCAAGUGUCAGUGGAGCUUCAGGUGGGAAUGUGACCUGGGCGCAUGAGAGCAGCCUUGAGGGUGCUGGGGCAGCAGCAGCAGCAGCGACAGCUGCAGCCGAAGCAGCGGCGGCAGCAGCAGCCAAAGCAGCAGAGUUCGCAGCAGUUAAAGCAGCAGAAUAUGCAGCAGCCAAAGCAGCAGCAGCCAAGGCGGCGGCAGCAGCAGCAAGUGCAUCAGGUUUUGGUACUGGCACUGGCACUGGCACUGGCACUGGCACUGGCACUGGCACUGGCACUGGCACUGGCACUGGCACUGGCACUGGCUCUGGCACUCGCACUGGCACUGGAACGACAAGUGCUUCUUUCGCUGUACCUCCAAUUGUUGGACUCGCGUCACAUGUGGCUACUGCACCUGCUUCUGCUGCUGCUGCACCGACUACCGCAUCUGUUACGACAAGCAAUAGCAACUGGGCCCAUUUCGACGCGUUUGAGUCAAGUGCGCUACCUCCUUCCCCUGCCAUGUCUGCCUCUGCAUCUGCCUCUGUUUCGGCUUCUGUUUCUGCUCCUGCUUUGGCGCCUAUGGUUUCCGCGGCUCCUUCCACUCUUCCCAAUCCCAUGCCUGGACCGGGAUUCCCCAAUCCCUUUUUGACCAAUGGGUUGUCCGAGCAACCCUUAAGUAACAGCAUUAACCCCUUUGCGCCCCCUGGGGUUCCCAUGGUAUCACAGCAGCAGCAGCAGGAGCAGCAGCAGCGAAAACAGCAAGAACAGCAACAAACACAGACGCAGCCACAACACCAUGUCAAUCCUUUUCUUGCACCAGGCACAGCUGGCAACAGCUCUGCUGCAUUGAGAGAAAGUGAGCCCUUGUUUGCCGGCAGUGGGUCGGUUUAUAAAGAAUCAACAGCUACGGUUCAAGAGCAGCCAAAGUGGCUGGGGCAGGAGGGACUCUGGCAGGACUUGGAGCAGCAGCAGCAACCGAAGAAGGUGGAACAGAGGCCAAAAGGCACCACAGACACAUGGGCCGGUUCAAGGGUGUCUGGGCAGAAGCAGGCUAGUUCCAUGGCUCAGAAGCUUCUUGCCACGAACCCAUUCCUUGUCAUUUCUGGUGUGGGCAGUGGUGGUAACGAUGCUGAGUAUGAUGGGGAUAGUAGAGGUCUGCUUGGUGGCGGGGAUACUCCCAAGGGGCUGCAGGAAGUGUCACCUGCAGGGUCUUUCCACUUGAAUCCCGCCAGCCAGCAGCAGAAGCAACAGCAGCAACAACAGUGGCAGCAACAGUUUCCACAGCAGCCGCAGUACCAGCAGCAGCACCAGCAACGAGAGUGGCAGCAACAGUACACACAGCAGCAGCAGUUAGGGCCUUCCCCUGACAGUCAGGCACAUAUGGCUGUUACGCAGCAGGGAGAAAGGCGGCCGGGGGAUGCCAAGUUGGGGCUCAACGUGGCACAUGCAGAUGUGACUGAAGCGGGAGGAGUGACUAACGAAGGAAAGGGGGACACAGCUGGACCGAACUACACUGAGCCCGAGUCCCCAGGAUGGCCUAUGGAAUCUCAAGACGAGCCAAUGGAGUCUCCAGCUGCGCUGCUUGGAGAGUGGUCAGACUCCAAGACCAAGAUAGGAAGCUCUAUACCGACAGCGGUCAUGCCUUCGUCAUGGUUUGGUCGAGGAGGUCAUGCACGCCUGGGGAAAUGAGUGAUUCUGCUCUGGUAAGCCGCUGUUGCUGAGGAAAGCGAGUCAGUUGCCAUCAGAAUUUCAUCAAGCCACGAAAAAACACUAGAACGCGUGCAAAGCACUAAGCUUGUUUUCAAGUAGGUAAGAUGCUUCAUGCACACAUGCAUAUAGCUUAUUGUAGUUUGUAGUAUUAUAGGAAAGUUUUGUGAACCC